UAUUAGAGGAAGUGGAUCUACAUCGAGUGAACAGUCAGGACAAGUUUGGCCUUACAGUCUGCUACAGAACUGAUGAUGAAGAUGAUAUUGGUAUUUAUAUCAGUGAGAUUGAUCCAAACAGCAUUGCUGCCAAGGACGGCCGCAUCAGAGAGGGCGAUCGCAUAAUUCAAAUUAAUGGAAUUGAGAUACAAAAUCGAGAAGAAGCUGUAGCUCUCUUGACCAGUGAAGAAAGCAAGAAUGUCUCCUUACUCAUAGCAAGACCAGAAAUUCUCCAGCUGGAUGAGGGAUGGAUGGAUGAUGACAGAAAUGAUUUUCUGGAUGAUUUACAUAUGGACAUGCUGGAGGAACAGCACCACCAAGCAAUGCAGUUUACUGCCAAUAUGCUGCAGCAGAAGAAGAAAAAUGAAGAGGAUGGUGGCACCACAGAUACUGCGACCAUUUUAUCCAACCAACAUGAAAAAGACAGUGGUGUAGGACGUACAGAUGACAGUACUCGGAAUGACGAGAGCUCUGAGCAAGAGAACAAUGGCGAUGAUCACAUUACUUCCUCAAACACUUUGGGAAGCCAGAAGAAGCUUGCUUAUAGCCAUGACACGCUAGGCAGUGGUGACAUGCAGUUCAGCAAUGAGUCAUUUAUUUCAGCUGAUUGCACAGAUGCAGACUUCCUUGGCAUCUCAGUGGAUGAGUGCGAGAGGUUUCGUGAACUGCUGGAACUGAAAUGCCAGGUCAAGUCCGCAGGCCCAUAUAGUCUGUGCUGCCAUAACAGUACUCUGGAUAUGAGUAAAAGUGACCAUGAAAGUGUGGACAGGGAGCUGGAGAUGCUGAACGAGGAGUUGCGUAAUAUUGAGCUGGAGUGUCUUAAUAUCGUACGAGCCCAUAAGAUGCAGCAGUUGAAGGAACAGUAUCGAGAGCCAUGGAUGCUGCAUAACAGUGGCUUCCGCAACUACAAUACCAGCAUUGAUGUCCGCCGACAUGAGCUCUCAGAUAUCACUGAGCUCCCAGAAAAAUCAGAUAAGGACAGCUCCAGUGCAUACAACACUGGUGAAAGUUGCCGAAGCACACCGCUCACGUUGGAUAUCUCCCCGAACAACUCUCUAUGCAGGACAGCAGACACUCUCACUUUACAAGGCAGUGAGGGGGCAGAAGGCACUCUGAAAACAUUGCUGCCUAGCUCAGAAGAUCAGGACGCCAGCCUGGCUAAACCCAAAGAUGCUGAUCUUAGCCAGCCGCUGGAUGUCAAGGAAAGGAAGCUCAACGAUGGAAGCAAAAGCCAAGCUCCACCUCCCAAAGCCGGUGGGCCCUCUUUGUCUUCGUAUCAGCACUCUCCGUACAAGCAUGCCCAUAUUCCUGCCCAUGCCCAGCACUACCAGAGCUACAUGCAGUUGAUCCAACAGAAGUCAGCAGUGGAAUAUGCGCAGAGCCAGAUGAGCUUAGUGAGCAUGUGUAAAGACUGGAACUCUUCAAGCCAGAGUGAACCCAGGAUGGAAUGGAAAGUCAAGGUCAGGAGUGACGGUACUCGCUAUAUUACCAAGAGGCCAGUAAGAGACCGGCUGCUGCGAGAGCGUGCUAUAAAGAUCAGGGAGGAGCGCAGCGGCAUGACAACAGAUGACGAUGCCAUCAGCGAAAUGAAGAUGGGCCGUUACUGGAGUAAGGAGGAGCGGAAGCAGCAUGUUGUGAAAGCAAAGGAGCAGAGGAAGCGGCGCGAGUUUAUGAUGCAAAGCCGGUUGGAAUGCUUAAAGGAACAACAAGGGACUGAGGACAAGAAGGAAAUGAAUAUCAUAGAAUUGAGCCACAAAAAAAUGAUGAAGAAAAGAAACAAAAAGAUAUUUGACAAUUGGAUGACAAUCCAAGAACUCCUAACCCAUGGCACAAAAUCACCAGAUGGGACGAAAGUUUACAACUCCUUCCUGUCAGUGACUACGGUAUAAUUUUUCUGUGCCAAAGCUAAGUACCUCAAACCCUUCCGUUGGGGUAGAGAUUCUUGCCUCGUUCAAUGUGGCAACACUUUUUUUGUUCGUUUGUUUGUAUAUAAGACACGUUCAUCGGAUCCACCAUUCAAAUGGAGAACUUGGGUUUCUCAAACGUUCUCAAAGAGGAGAGAGAGAUCAUCCACCCCAAAUCUUUGAAGGCAAUACUGAAGAGGCAGAGCUUAUUUGGAAUACCAAUAGUACCUUUUUUUUGUAACUUGUUAUCCUUUUGCAUAAAGUGUUUUAAAAUAACAGGAAAACAUAUUAAUCAUACUUAACGCAGGUAAUAUCUUUUUAAACUAUAUUCAUAUCUUAAAAAAGGUUACACAUGCAGAAACGCAAAGACAACCUCAAAUAUGUAUUUUUAACAAGACAGUAUUUUGCAAUAUAUCUUUGCUAUUAUGUCCUUUUUCUGCCGAAGUUACUGUUUUAAUCAAUAUUUUUAGCUGAACUAGCAAACCCUUCCUAGAAUCGUUUUGCAGUAACAUAUCACACCGGCUGUGUCUUUGGAGUUGUACAUAUAUAUUGUUUUGCCUCCUGGGACAGCUUGCCUGUCCAUCAUGGGACCUAUGAUAGGUAAACUAAACACAGCUUACCUGCCAGAUAGGAUAAAUCCUGAUGUACCUCCCUAGAUUUGAUGUCUGAUUGGAAUAAUUUGGAUUGCACUGGCUGGACUGAUAGUGUUAAAAUCUCACUGUGAUUACUAUAGAUACUUGGGUAGCCACAGUCCUACUUCAGCAAAGUAGCCAGAGAUAGAUCAUUGGAAUAAAAUGAGGAUACAGAUACAGAGACUAUGGAGGAAGCUUACCAUAAAAGAGUAUGGGGCAGACGGUACUUAGGCACUGAAAGUAUUAUGCAUAUGACUCUUUAGGGCUCUAGCUAACAGUUACACUCUCUUAAUUUCUCUCUCUCUGGUUUCUGAAGGAAGGAAGUAGGUAUCACUUGAAAGAGCAGAAGGCAACUCCUACAUGCUGCAGCUCUGAAAGGUUUCGAAGUUUGCCAAGGCUGUGGCCUGUUGAACGAAUGUGCAUGUGUGUCUAAUGGUAUUACAAAACCAAUUGUGUAAUUUGAAAUGCCCAUUGUAGUAGCUGUCAGCUUUGUAGAUUGGAAUGUAUUGAAAUUGAGAGCAGUUUUCAUGGAAAUCAUGACUAGUUAUUAACAAGUAAAAUGAAGUUAAAAUAAAUUAUUGUUUUAUAUUUCAACUCAAUUGUAGUAGGGUUUUUUUUCCCUCUUUUUUAAUCCAUUAUCCCCAGCAUUGCCACUGCCUAGCCUUGCAUUGUUCUGUACACCAAUACUGAUUUUCUCUAGCUGGGUUUGUUGAAUCUGGGUUUAUUUUUAGUAUUGGUAUGAACAGGGUGCAAGCAUCUACAUGCUUGGAAAUAAUCCUUGAGUUUAGAAGAAAUAAAUA